AUGAGUAUGCAAGGCGGUGCCGCUGGAGGAGCUGCGCGAACUGAAGUGCCACCUCCACCAGCACCCAACGGGAUGCCUCCGGACGCGGGAGCAGCAGAUGGCAAACCUCCACCAGCAGCAGAUGUGGCUCCCGCCGAUUCAGCCGCCCCUCCAGCCCCCGCUGCACCACAAAUCGUCGUGGAUCCAACAAAGGAUUUGUGGCAGAAUAUUGCACUAAAUACAAAAGAGAAUAACCUUCCGCAGAGCGAGGCGAACCUAUUCGUUGUUGGUUGCUCCGGGGCGGGAAAAACUAGCGUUAUUCAGCGAGUGUGUUCCGCAAUUGGCGCGGGGGGAAAUACAUCAGGUAAGGGCAAGACUAAAGUGAAACCAACAACGGCACUGGACUAUCAAUAUACGACGCGCAGCGACCGCCACGUUUCGCAGACUGUGCACUUCUGGGAGCUUGCGCAGGGGAUGGAGCUGUCACAGUUAUGUGAGGUGGUUAUCACACCUGAGAACGUUCACUUAAUGCACAUCGCUAUCGUUGUGGAUUUUUCGGAUCCCUCGUCCAUGUGGGACACGCUUGCGUAUUGGUUGAAGCGUGUUGACCGUCGAGCCAAUGAGAUACUGCAAAAGAUGCGGGCGAAGGGAUCCAACACUCCCGAUAAACUCCACGCCCGAGCGCAACGGGCGUUGGGUGAGGGACACCCCGAUCUGAAGCGCGUUCGUCUCUCCGGCCUGCCAACAGUGAUUGUGUGCAACAAGGUCGACGCCUUCCCGGGACCAAUGGAGCAAAUGAAGACUCUCACUCGCUGCCUUCGCUUUAUCGCACACCUCUAUGGUGCUUACCUCGUCUUCUCCAGUGAUGCAGACUCCGCGAAGCUGCGGUUGCUUCUUAAUCAUCUUCUCUUCCUUACACCCUUUGACGCCCGACAGGUGGAGUUGGACGUAGAACGUGGUACAAUUCUUAUUAUGCCUGAGAACGACACGUUUGUCGACAUCGGGGACCCGCCACUGUGCGACGGCCCGAGUGGAGGACCGGUCACGCAAUCAACUGGCGAUUCCGAGCUCGACCGCUGGAAGGUACCGUUGGAUGCGAUGUUCCCUCCGAAGGCUGGCGGCGGGCGUGCGCAGAGUGACGCAAUGCUUAAGCGAUUGUAUGAUAUGGGAGAGGGUGGGUUUGGUGAGCCGACAAUAGACACGAUCCGAAGGCAGAAGGAUGAGGAGCUUGAACAGUACCGCAAGAGUGCGGCGAGACGGGACAAGGGUGACAAAUAA